AUGCCUCAGAUAAAAGUAGGCCUUGUUGGCCUUUCAUCGCGCUCAAAAUCCCAAUGGGGCCCCAUGUCACAUCUACCCUACUUUCUGUCAGCCCGAGGAAAGGAAAAGUUCCAAGUUGUGGCUGUUCAAAACUCCAGUGCUGAGUCCGCCCAGCAGGCCAUCAAGGACUUUGGGCUGCCGCCUACCGCACGUGCAUAUGGCAACCCCGAGGAGAUGGCCGCCGAUCAAGACGUACAGCUUGUUGUCAACCUCACUGGCGUUCUAAGUCAUUAUCCCGGAGCGCUGCCGAGCAUCAAGGCUGGAAAAGACGCUUUCAUUGAGUGGCCGCUUGCAGACAGCCUCGAGCAUGUACGGGAGAUUGUCGCGCUGGCUUCCGACAAGAACAUUCGAACUGGUAUUGGACUACAAGGCCGGUUUGCUCCACCGUUCUUGAAGAUAAAGGCGGUGCUUGCUUCUGGCCAAUGCGGAAAAGUGCUGAGCAGCGAGAUCAAAGCCGCAUUCCCACACAAUUCGCGAGAUGUUUUACCUGUUGGAUGGGAUUUUUUCACCGCGAUGAAGUAUGGUGUCAAUUCAUAUACCAUUGGAUUUGGUCAUUUGAUCGAUGCGGUACAAUCAAUUUUCGGCGAUAUACGCAAUCCUCACACCCAAUUCCAAAACCAGCGCCCCGAAUUAAAGCGCGUGGAUCUCAGCACCGGUGAAGUCGUUGGAACAAUCCGAUCAGACGUCCCAGACUUGGUCGUCUUGAUUGCUUCCAUGGCUGAAUCAACAACCGUUCUUGAUGGCGCAACUCUGCUUGUGCGCUAUCGCAGAGGCCCGCCUUUCAAGAAUGAGCCAGCCUUUGUCUGGAGCAUAAAUUGCGAAAAGGGUGAAAUCCGUCUGGUCUCUCCCGGUGGCCCGGCAUUGCAGCUGAAUGUGUACUCAGAGCCAGUCACUAUUGACGUGCAUGACUUUGCCACGGAUGAAGUGAAACCUAUAGAAUGGAGCUGGGCGGACUAUCAACUGGAACUGCCAGAAGACGCAAGGACUACUGCGGCAUGGUACGAAGCAUAUGCAGCGAGUACUGAGAACGAAAGUGCGACUCUCCAAGAUGCGCUGCAUCGACAUGAGCAGCUAGAGAAGUGGCUCAACACUUAUAGCAGGUAA